AUAAUAUUGCUUUAAUGCUUGUAAAAUUCGUACGAUGGAACUUGGAAGCUUACCUUGCAUAAGAGAAUAUUUGUUCAGCCAAAUGGACUAUUCGUUUUCGAUAGUUUCCCUUUUUAUACAUCAUGAAUAUAUAACUUCAAAAAGGAAUUUGAGUUUAAAAAAGUUUACAAACCGAAUGGGGAGUAUUUAAGAUAAUAAUUAAUAAAUCAAUAAACACAGUUCUUAUAUUACGGCUGUCUAUUCCCCUCUUCGCACAUGUUCCAAAUAAUUUUAAAAAUAAAAGGAAAAAUUGAAAACUAUCAUCUUUUCUCUUCUAUAAAACCCACAACUUCUCUUUUUCUUGUGCAUCCAAAACUCAUCCUUUCUCUAUCUACACAUAACUCCAAAAAAAUAUAUCAAUUUCUCUCUCUCUCAAAACCACAUAGAAAAAAGUAGAAAGACUCGAUCGUUUUGCUCGAGGGUCUCUUCUGCUUGCAUCAAUGGAUGAGAGAGGAAGACGCUUGAAGAACAACAACAUGGAAGACGAUAUGGACCUGAAAAGAGGUCCAUGGACCGCAGAAGAAGAUUGUAAGCUCAUAAAUUACAUUGCUACUAAUGGAGAAGGUCGAUGGAACUCGCUUUCUCGUUGCGCUGGACUCCAACGCACUGGUAAAAGCUGUAGGCUACGGUGGUUAAACUAUCUCCGCCCUGACGUCCGCCGUGGAAACAUUACCCUCGAAGAACAACUCUUGAUCCUCGAACUUCAUUCCCGUUGGGGCAAUCGAUGGUCAAAAAUCGCACAAUAUCUACCAGGAAGGACAGACAAUGAGAUUAAAAACUACUGGAGAACACGAGUGCAAAAACAUGCAAAGCAGCUUAAAUGCGAUGUAAACAGUCAACAGUUCAAAGACACAAUGAAGUAUUUGUGGAUGCCUAGGCUCGUUGAGAGGAUCCAAUCCGCCUCUGCCUCCGCCGCAGCCCUAACCAACGCUACCACAACAGGCUCAGCUGCCACGUCAUCUUGCAUCAUAACCUCUAACAAUCAAUUCAUGACGUAUGAUUACAACAACAAUAGCAUGGGACAACAAUUUGGUGUAAUGAACAACAACGAUUAUAUCACGCCGGAAAAUUCCAGCGUGGCAUUGUCUCCUGUGUCAGACUUGACUGAUUACUACAACGCUCCAAACCCGAACCCGGAAUACCACUCGGGUCAAGUGGGGAAUAGCUACUACCCGGAUCAGAACUUGGUGGGUCCACAAAUGUUACCGGAUGAUUAUUUCGAUUAUUCUAGGUUACUAGACGAAGAUGUACCGGCUAUGCAGGAGCAGAGUAACCUUAACUGGUUUGAAAAUAUUAAUGGAGCUGCUUCUUCUUCGGACAGUUUAUGGGACAUUGGACAAAAUGAUGAAGACUUCUGGUUCUUACAGCAGCAACAACAGUUCAACAAUAAUGGCAACUUCUGAAUACAGUUAAAAAUCGUUCAAGUACUUAAUUUAAUUAACACGAAGUAUACGUGUGAAAAACAUUUGUUCAAUGUAAUAAUUAAAGAAAAGUAAUGGGCUUAUGAUAUUAUCUUAGGAUAUAUGAUCAGCUUUUUUAUUACAAGCUUGAUCAUAUGUCAUGGCGUUUUAAAAAAUCGCUGAAUUUGAUUGGUUUUGUCUGUUUUGGGACUGUAAUGAUAUUUUGUAGUUUAUUCAUAAAUAUAGAUGCAAUUAUUGUAUUAACUUAUUUUACAAGAACAAGUACUUAUUCGUCAGUGUGAGGGCAUACUUUAAACAAAUAACUGAAGUUGUUUUCACACUAUAUUGAGUGAUUUCCUCAAUGGAAGCAUAACACAAAUCAUUAUUCAUUUAAUUACUAAUAUAACGACGACGAAGCUCAUAAUUGGUUCCACCAUGAUUAAUAUUUAACCAAAGAUAUGACACAAACAAACAAAACAAACAAACACAUCAGAAAGUAUUUUAAAAAGAUAUAUAAUAAUGACUUCAGUACUAUAAAAU